UAUUAUAUCGAAAGUUGUUUGUGUACACACGUACAUCUAACACAUAUCAACUGCGCACUAUCGCACUGGGUCAUAAAAUUCAUGUAAACUGUGCACAGCCUGACACAUAUUUAUAACCAGUAACAGACCGUUGAAGCAAGCAGGAUGUAACUAUAAUACUAUAAAAUAAACUUGGGAACACUCAUUCUUCGACGCAUAUGCGCAUCCAUUAAGCGUGAUUCUGUCUGGAUCAUCAACAUCAUCAUACAACUACUGUGUACCGAGGAAAAUAGAAGAACGCUGUGUGAGAAGAUGUGAGAAGACUAAACACCGUUUGAAGUAGUCUAUACAUAAACAAUUGAUGACAUGGCGAACGAUCCCGCUGUUUCCAUGCCCAUCCUGCAUGUGCGAGGUAACCACUACGAGGUCGGAUACCAAACUGGCACAGCGUUCCAGAACAGAAUUAAGUUGUUUUACCAGCGGUCUCAGCUAGUACAGGAGAAACUACUUCCGUUCUACUCUCAAAGACGAGGACGUGAGAUAGCAGAGGUUUACCUUCGGGGAGCGCGUGACAACUUCCCACAUCUCAUCCGUGAGAUACAAGGUAUGGCCGAUGGCGUUGGAAUGGCAUUUGAAGAUAUUUUUAUUCUAAAUAUUGCCAACGAGGUUUACAAUUGUCAUUUUAAUGAAAUGCAAAGUUGGCCACCGGAGUCUGAUAACCUAGGAUGUUCCGACAUAAUGAUCAACACCCCAGAAGUAAAAAUGAUAGGACACAACGAAGACUGCGACCCAGUAUCAAAAACCUGCGGAUAUAUAGUCAGUGCUCAAGUCAUAGAAGAUUCCACCGAUGAGAAGUUCACUGUCUUUUCUUAUCCCGGCAGUUUACCUGGCAAUACUUUCGCUUUUAAUCAGCAUGGCAUGAUUUUUGCCUGUAACGGACUGUAUCCUAAAACUGCAAUAUUAGGGGCAACACCUCGAUUCUUCCUCAACCGAUCCAUGAUGACUGCCACUACAGUAGAGCAUGCGCUCCAAAUUGGUAAGAACGUGGGUGGUGGAUGUGCAGUUGGGUUUAAUCUGAACAUUGGAAACUGGAAACAUCCGUGUGAAAUGUGGGGUCUGGAAAUUGGUCCUGGUGAGAAGGAGAGCAAAGUCCAUUUGCACACAUUUAAAGAGCAAGGAAAUAAUUCGGAUACGCCUUGUUAUAUGCAUACCAACAACUAUAAGCAUCUGCACGUCGUGGAAAUAGAUAACCUGGCAUCGUCCGAGGCCCGCAUGAAAAGAAUCCUAGAGUUUAAAGCGCCCUCUACAGGGCAUGAAAUGAAGAUGAUCCUGGGUGACACGAAAAAUGAUAAGUACCCUAUCUUUCGUACUCCUAGCGCCACAGACAGUGGAGAGACUGUAGUCACCGCCCUGUUUGAUCUUAAAGAUAGGAAAGUCGAUGUGUACAUGGAUAAUGUAAAGUUUGCUCCAUCACCCUUCUUCAGUUUACCCCUUGUUUAGGUCACUUGUGGGUGUUUUACACACCGAUUGUUGUCAAUACAAUGCCGAUACAGCUCUCUUAUGUAUUUGUGCUGCUUCAAUGAAUCCCUGGAAUACAACACAUAGGGGAAGAUUGCAUAUAUUGUAUCGCGAAGUUGUUGCUAAAUAUGCAUUCAACCAUUGAUGCAUUACGACUUACCCAGAUAAAAUAUAAAUAAUCUAUGUUUCUCACUGAAAGUUAUAAAUAUAUGGCAUGAAAUUGUCUUAAGUUAUCAUAACUCAUUACGGUAUUUCAUAACUAGUAGCAUAUUUAAUUCAAAUUUGAAAAACAUACGUAGGAUUAUUUUCAUGCAUUCUUUUAGAUUCCUAGCUAUAACAUCAAUUAAGUUUUGCUUUAAUUGUGCUUCAGUAUCCAAAGUUAAUACUUGUUUGUCCUGAUGCUUUUACUGCACGCUGACGUCAAUAAUGCAUUUCUGUAGUUUAGACAAGAUUCAAACAUAACUUGACCAGAUUAUGAUUUGUUACAUUAUGUACUACUUUUCAAAACUGUAAUAUAUUCGCAUUUUGAACUUUUGUUUGAUACAUACAUCCUUUUAAAAAUAUCAUUUUAUAUAUCUUGUAGCUGUGGACAAGUUGAAUUGAAUUUCUUCAUAAUUCUAAAAUUCAGUAGUGUGUGAGAAAAGGCGAGUUAGUAUCUAACCAGGCGAUCUUCUGAUAGACAUGUCUUGAGAAACUGUAUACGUUUUUUUCUUUUUUUUUCUUUCAUGUAAAUAAAAACAAAAUUAAGUGGAAAGCAAUCAAACAAUUUUGAAAAUUUGUCAUAUUGCUACUUUUGUAUUGAUUGCUUGCUAUUAGUAUUACUGGUAAAACACAUUACAGCCGAACCUAAAUCCGGAUCCAUUUCCUACUGCGGUGAAAACACAAGAUAGCUCUUAUUGUAUUGGAUAAAGCUGGAUUACGACUGAGCCAAGGUACUUCCUUUGAUCAGGAAGCUAAGAUGGUUAGGGCAUCUGUAUAAUGAUUAAAGGGUCAGGUUUAAGGUCUGACUCAUGAAAACACUAAUAAAACACUGUUUGUUUUUGUUUAUAUUUCAUCUAUUGCAUUUUUUCAUAAAUAUUCCGCAUGACCUGUUUUUCUUUUUAGAAAUGAAAUGAAAGUAAAGCAAAAAAGAGUGUCAAAUACACAAUUAGAGUGUUAUGCAGUGGUAUGGGCAUCUUCAAGCGUAAUAAAUAAAAUAAACUACGAGGAUUUGAUCCCUUAACCUGUAUCUAUAUGGCCGGGAGCGUAUCGCUUAGCAUAUUGAAAUGCUAUUUGUUAUAAACUAUUCUGCAAAACAACUAAACUAAAAUUAUUAAAUUUCUUGAAACUGUUUUUUUAUUUGUCUUUGCAUAAAUAGAGGAAUAACACAUUUUUGCCAAGACAACUUUAUAAUCAAAGUAGGUUAUUUAACAAAAAUUGUUUUCGAAAUCGUUGUUUCGUUGUCCUUUUUACAGAUAUGGCAUCACUAUUUAAUUUACACUCAAAGCCAAAAUAAAUCUCAAAAUCGUUAAAAAAAAAGGUUCCUUAUCAUAAACAAACGGAGUACGACAGAAACACAAAAGCAUAUGUAUAUGUGUCGACCUGCAGUUUAUAAGUGUUUUAAAGUACCUCGGUGUCACUCCGGUUCACAUGAGUGACUUUAUAUUGAUUUUGUAACAUACUUGUUUAUGAUACUGAGAGAGUCCUAUUUUUAUGUUGAAUCGUUUAGUUUUUGUCUGCUACAGCUGUUACAGUGUGACCCAGUUCUAUUUUGUAAUCAAGUAUUUUGUUAUUGCUGGUGAAAACACUCGUUUGUAACUUAGUCAAAGUCAUAAGGAUGGAUAUGUUCUAAGAAUCAGUAAGAGAGGACAAGAACUGCGGGGACAUUAAACAUCAUGAUGACGUCAUACUGUAUAACACUUAAUGUUGGUGGGUACUUUCCUUCGUGGUUUGAAGCCUUUAAGAUGGUUUCGUGGUACAAACUUUCGUGGAUAACAAAAAGUAGACACGUAUAUUAUUCAAAUUCGUUGUGUUUAUUUUUUGGUUCAAUACCACAAAAACUACGAAUGUUUAUACACAACGAACAGUUCGUGUUUCAGUAUACAGUAAUCGCCCUGAAAGAACUGUGGCAAGACCUGACACUCGGGACAUUUUAAGGAUGUCCUACACCACGUGUGGACCUGAUCAUGUUUGGAGAAGAUGUAAGGGGCACCACCGAUAUAAGGAACACACUUUUGGUCGAUAUAUGAACUUCCAUGUAGUUUGAUUAACAGAAUAUUGGUAUUUAAAGGAAGAAUAAUCAAAUGAAAUAAUGAGACCUGAGACCGAA